UCCUUAACAUUCAUCAUCUUGCAGAAGCGUGAUUUGAUGAACUUUGGUUUGCUUUGGAAAGAUACAACCCUUUUGUACUGUGUAAAUGAUAUUUUCAGUUAGGAAUGGCAUCAUUGCAAUCAUUUUUGCCUCCUGCAGGCGGCACAGUUUGGCGAAAUGAACGACGUUCUCCGCGUCUUUCAAGCAGUAGUUUAUCUGGCGAUAAUGAAAUAUCGAGAACAAGAAUAAAGCAUAUUGUUAUUCGCGAAGUUUGGAAGAGAGAGCGCCCUUCACCUUAUGCGCUUUAUAAAAUUGAUGUUAUGACACAGUCCAAUCAUUGGUUCAUUCUUCGACGUUACAGAGAGUUCAAUACACUGCACAACAAUUUAGUGAAAAAAUUCAAUAUUCCUCAAGAUAUGCUACCAGCAAAAAAAGUAUUUACGAACAUGUCCUUACCUCAUCUUGAAAAAAGAAGAAAUGAAUUGGAGCAUUAUUUACAAAGACUUAUAAACAGUCAUCAUGAUAUUGCUGAAUCGUUGGAGCUCUUCCAUUUCCUCAAUGUUCAAAGUCAUGAUGUUCUCUGUGUCACUAGGCAGCUGGCUCAAGUCCUAACGAAUGAAGGACCUCGUAUCUUAUCAAGUGAAAGUUCGUUUACUUUCUCCCCAACACAGAUGUACUGCAUCACACGUCAGCUACAGAUGCCUCAUGUUAAUGUUGAACAUUCAGAUUCGUCGCUUUCUGAUGAGGCAGUUGUUGAUUUGGGAAAUCUUUACAGUUUCGUUCAAGAAUUACAGAAUCUUUGUGUGACUGGUAUGGCUCGUUCAUCAUCCAUUUGUCAGGAGUUGAUUGUCAAUCAAGCCUUCGAUAUCUCACUUUUUAAAUCGUUGAAGAAACUACAGAUUGAAAAGUGCCAUGUUGGGGUGAUCAAUGGAUUAUACAGGAUUCAAAAGCAGUUAACUCAUGUCACAAUAAAGGAAUGCUUAAAGUCAAUGAAGGAUUUUCUGGUAGAUGCCGCAACGCAAAAACGUUCGAUGAAACAAGGGAACAGCAACGUGGAAUCUUGGCGAAUUAUGUCAACAAGUAAACUUACAGAUAAUCGAAUUGUUGUACGACCUUGGAUAUUGUUGACACAUAUCAACAUGAGUCAUAACAACAUUUCAUCAUUUGAUCAUUCUUUAAAAGUGCUUCCUUCACUAGAACAGCUGGAUUUAAGUUACAACAAUUUUGUUCAUUUAAAUUUGGAGCAGUUGUCAUCAUCAACGUUGACGUUUCUUAACCUCAGUUAUAAUCAGAUUCACUACGUAUCAUCCACAUCUAGGGAUCUUCGAAAUCUCAAGUCUCUUCUCCUCUUCAACAAUAAAUUGCAGAAUCUUGAUGGUUUGGAUUGUUUACGUGGCCUUGUGGAACUUGAUGUAAGAUCGAAUGAUGUUGCCCACGUUACUGAGGUGGCGAAAGUAUCUUCUCUUUUUCAUUUACGCAUCCUUGCAUUGGCUGGAAAUCCUUGCGUUUCUUCUAAAUCUCAUAGGAUUCAAAUAUUUUCGCACUUCAAGGCCAGAGAAUUGAUUCUCGAUGGUGUGAAGAUAACAGAUGGUGAAAAGGCUAAAGUCAAACUCAUGUGCAACAAGUUAACUCAACCUGAGGAGAGUCAACACUCUGUGGUGUCUGAUAACUUUGAUGAUAAACUGAGAAAAAAGUGUCAUACGUCCUACACGGAUGAUGAUCAAGACUCUGGUUUUGGUGGAAAUUAUGCCGGAAGUGUAGAUGAUGGAGGUCUAAUGUUUGAUUGGAGUUGCUUUGACAACAAAAAAACGCAAUUUCCUUCUCUUGUUCCCGCUCAAAGUACGUCUUUUGAUGUUGAAGAAGGAAGUUCAACAGCCAAUAAUUUGACUGAGCAAAUUGACGAUAGUGAUGAACGUGGUAAGUUUGAGCAUGCGCACACGGCCACAAACGUCACAGAUAUUUUAUCUGUAAGCUGCGAUAAUAACCCUUCCAUCUGUAAACAUCAGUUAAAAAAAGAUUUAGACAUUUCUUUACCAUCAACCCUUCUUCAACUUUCAUUGAAUUAUGAAGCUGCAAGAAGUCAAGAAGGACUUCACUCCAGACAUUAUAACGUCAGUGGAAUUGCAGAUCAGACGGCUGAAAUUCAACCAGGUAUAGAGAACGUUGACUUCCGAAAUGAAAGCAUAAAAGAAGAUACGAGUCAUAAUCCAACACUAUCUGAUGAUAACGGAUGAGUGUCUGUACAAUCAUGAAAAUAUUACAAACGAAGUAAGUCGGUGACCAUUUUUCAAGUAUGAAAUAACUGGAGAUUGUUGUACAGAAGAUGUAAAGUCAAGUCUGAAGAAACUGAGGAAGAAAGAAGAUGUACCUGUUGUGUAAAGAAAUGAGAUGAUGGUGAAAUUAAGAUGAGGAAAAUUAAAAGAUGACACAAAUUACACGAGCGUUUGUUUUUAAUAAAAGAUGAUGAGAGCUUGUUUCACAUCUUUAAGGGGCUAGUUAUCUGAAGAUAGUUGUCUUUCGUAGCUUGUUUUAAACGUAAAUCAAACACAACAGAUUACAAUUGAAGUGAAGUGUUUCAUCUUGCUCGCUUUUCAACUUGUACAGCAAGUACAAAUUGUUUAAUGUAACUGAGAAACCAUGAAACAGAAAGUAAUUUGUUUGUUGUGUGAGAAAAUGUGGAAGUUAAAGACAAUGCAACAUCAACGUCAUUUGUGCUCAGAAUACUCCGAAUUGUCCAAGUGUAUCGAUUAUUUUUUAUACUUUAGCUGAAACGUGUCCCUUAAUGAUUUUCUCGUGAGAUUCCUUGAACCUUAAUCUUAUUUGUGACAAACAAAUUUUAACAUCCCGGCGUAACAAAUUUUUUUUUCCUUUGCCGACCUCCAGCCGUUCGUGACAUUACACAUGCAGACAUGUUUGAAUAUAUUUAAGCUUAAUUUAUAAUACAAAAAUGAACUUAAGAAAUAGUUUACCACGAAAAUUAGUGUCUUUGAACUGAAUUAUAGCAUGUCUUUUUAUUUCUCAGUGAUUGUACAUAAAUUUACAUACGUUUAAUACUCAUAUGUUACACGAAAGCAUUUAUUAACAAAGAAUAUAUAAAUAUUACUUAUUCCUUAUAGCAAAGAUUAUAAAUAUAGAUUAUAAAACGAUUUUAAAACUA